GUUUUUGAGAGCGGAGCGCGAGUUCGCGCCGCGGGUUUUAGGGAGCCGAACUUUUUUCGCGGUGACGGCUCGGUAUUUUAUUUUUUUCGCGUCGCGUGCGAAGAACCGUGCGGUCAGCGAGCGCCGGAUAACAGCGCUGCUGUGCGUGCCCACAUCCGUGGUUCGUUGUGAUCGUGGUGCCACUUCCUCGAUGUGUCGUCACUCAAUUGCGCCAACUGGCCGCCCCUGUGCCGUCGCUCCGUGAGAAAGGAGACAAACAAAAAAACAAACAAACGAACAUGUGCACGAUGGAUAUACCAAACACCUGACGCUCUUCUCUCGCCGGCAGAGGACAUGCGAUGAAGGCGAGUAAGACCCUGCGGCUGCCCCGCCCAAGCGUGGCUCACUUCCUUUGAAAGGCGCAGUCCCCGCCACAGCCGGCCCUCAGCGUCUGCUGACAGAGCGCGAGGACGAUGCGCGUCGUCGUGGUUCGAUGGCGGAGGUGCCCGGCCGCCCUGGUGGCGGGGCUGCUCCAGCUGCUGCUGGUGCUCUCGUCGGCAGUGGCUGGAGCGAUGGCGCAGUGGUUCCACCGGGCGUGUCCCUCCCGGCAGCUGAUCGGGCCCUCGUGCCAGUGCUCGGACAAGACCAAGGGCCUCGACGUCCUCUGCGAGCGAGUCGAGCGUGCCGACCGGCUAAGGGCGUCGCUGGCAGCCGUCGCGGACGCGCAGCAUCCCGUGCUGUAUUUGAAAAUCAAGGAAGUCGGGCUAGAGCGGUUUCCACCUGGCUUGCUAGACGGUCUGGAGAUAUCCCAUCUGCUUGUUCAUCACAGCAACGUGUCCGAGAUUCACUUGGACGCCUUCCGCGGCGUGGGUGACCGUCUCGAGUCGUUGGACCUUUCCCAGAAUGCAUUAGAAGAGGUCCCUACGGAUUCCCUACAAGCCCUACGAUCCCUGGUGUCCCUGAACCUGAGUUACAACAGGAUGCGCAGCGUGGGUGCCUGGGCAUUUCGUGGCCUCGUGUCUCUUCUGAGGCUGUCGCUGUUCGGGAACCGCAUCGUCACGCUUGACGCCAUGGCAUUUCAAGGGGUCGGCGGAAACCUGACGGUCAUCAAUCUGGGCGGAAAUCUCCUUUCGCAGGUUCCGUCGGAGUCACUGCAAGGAGUCGCUGUGCUGCAGCAGCUCUUGCUGCACGAGAAUCGCAUCGAUGAGCUGCUGCCUGACCGGUUUCCGUUGGAAGGACGGGCGCUGGACAUUCUCAAUCUGGCCGACAACCGCAUUGAAACGCUGCCGGAGGCUGCGUUCACACGGCUUGGGUCGCUCGUUUCGCUAGAGCUGGAGAGAAACGGACUCGUAGACAUCCACCCAGAUGCAUUCCUGGGAGUCCAUGCGACCAUGGAAUGGCUGAAACUUGGUAAUAAUUACCUGGCUGAGGUCCCUAGUGAAGCCCUGCAGAAUCUGACCGCUCUGAGGGAGCUCGACCUCCGUGGAAACAACAUUUCGGCCAUACCGAGUGACGCAUUUGCCGGAUUCGGUGCCUCGCUCAAGUUCCUGUACCUUCAAAAGAACAGGGUGCAUUACAUCGAGGCCGGUGCCUUUGACGAGAUGAACUCGCUAGAGUGGCUGUACCUGCACUCGAACGAGAUCGUCACCCUCACGUACGACGUUUUCAAGCCCCUGCUGGGCACACUGUCCAUACUCGACGUUCAUGACAACCCGUUCCACUGCGACUGCGAGCUGAUCUGGCUGCGGCUACUGCUAAAGGGCCAGAGCAACAUCGUGGUGAACCAGCCCCGAGAGACGCGCUGCGCCUCGCCCGAGGAACACGCGAGCACCGCGCUCGUCGAACUGCCCGGCAUGCAGUGCGCCGCGCCGACCUCGCUGCUGCGUCCGGGAGGCGACCACCAUCUCUACGCCUCGCUGCUUCUGAGGACUGCGCUGGCCGCAUUGGCCCUGCUCCACGGUGCCUUCGCCUCCUGAGGUCGGCGCACCUCGUCGCGCAAGACCCUCGCCCAUCUCGCCAUCCGCGAACUCGCUGCCGCCGCUCUCGCGAGCGAAACGUGAAAGAAGUUGAAGUAGUAGAUUGGGUGGGCCGUGAGCUCGUAUGAACGCCCAAUGUGCAGCUAAACACAUUCUCACAACACAGCUCAGGUGGUACCGAGAAAGGAUUGAUCUUUGUCAAUGGAAUCACAAACAACUCGUUCCGGUUUCUAGUUCGAGGAACCCCAUAAGGUUGAUUGAAAGAAUGCCAUAAUUAUAUAAAAAAAGACGAGGCAUCUUCUUUCGAAUAACUAGGCUGAGAUGAAAUGUUGUGUGAUGUCAAUAAGAACCUCACAAAAAUAAGCCACGUAAGGGUCGGUGAUCCGAAUCAUUAAAAAUAAGUGCGAUAUUGAGUGGAGUAAUUAUGGCGUGCCAGAUUGGUAGUCCAUGUGUGGGUGGUAAAUAUUGAUUAGUUCUUCGUGACGCCUAUAUCGAUGGUGGUUUUGGGUUAAAUCGUACUCCAACAAUCGCAAAAAGCACUCGCUAGAAGCUUUCGUUUGAUGAAACUUCGCGGCUGAAAACGAAAGAUGAAACUUCGCGGCUGGCGAGAUGGGAUGGGGCAUGUGAGUGCGAACGCCAGAACUGGUGUGCCCCGGCUGUGUGCGCGUUCGUCUCUCGUGCUGUGAGUGGUCGGUCGAACCAGCUCCCGUGACAGCCAGCAGCUCGGCACUGCGUCUAAUUAAAAAAAAGAAAAACGCCGUGGUCGGGCGCUAAGCGUAAGCCAGAGAUUAGGCCUAGCCCGAGCGCUAGGCCUAAGCGUCCUUCUGCUACCAAUUCCGCUGUGGGUGUGUGUGUGUGUGUGUGUGUGUGCGCGCGUGUGUCAGUGUGAGCCCAAAUGCGUGUGCUUCGUCAUUCAAGUUCGUCAUCCCACCCACGUUCUUUGAAUAUAUUCUUGGCGCACGACCUUACAGCGACACCUUUCUCCCAAGCUGUUGUGUUUGUUUGUUUGUUCACGGGUGGUAGUAUCGACGACGAAGGGGCGUUUCGUGCGCUUCACCAUUCGGCCAUCCCAUCGUUUGCGCUGGUGCGCUUUCUUGUGGAAAGGACAAGAAAACGCCGCAUACGCACGUAUUUCUACCGACGAGUAAGCCCAACGGACUUCUCCAAGCUGGCACUUCAAUGUGUGGUACGGCGGCGCGCACGCUCAUGUAAGACUCCUGAGUGGUGUCGCAAAUGUACUGUGAAUGGAACAGACAAGUUACAUUGCUGAUGACAGACCACGUGGUAGCCCGAGCUGGUGCUUCGUGCGAUGAACAGUUGAAACGAGCUCAUUAACGCGAACAUCGCGCAGUUUCUUGCAGGUUUUCAUGCGCACCACCGCUAUAACGUGGCGCAGUUUCAGGUGCGAGAAGAGUUUUAUUGAGAGUACUGUCAUCUGCAGAUAGUUGUUUUCGGACGCAAGAAAAGAGUCUGUUUUUACGAGCGAGAGGGCACACGCAAGUGUUGUCCUGAGGGGAGCUGUUGGCACGACUGCAGAGAAUCGGCAUCGUGCUCUUUGUUGUCACAUUUUUUCCUAUUAUUUUUUUUCUCUUUCCCUGUUACAACAACAUGGCUUCGUGCAGUGGCACUGAAUAAAAUGUUGCGAUAUCAGUGUC